UGCAGCGUUACACCCUCCAUCUGGCGUACACACGUACGGUGGUACACUGCUCCGAGACAUUCAACCCUCGAAAGGUUGAUAUAUAAUGGAGGUGUUCGCCAGCCUGAGGGGUACGCCUUCGUACCUUGCCAUUUAACGACCGCUUGAAAAUAUCGAAGAAAAAGGGAGGAAUUCGACGCGUUCGGCAACUUUCACGUCUUUGUUCUCGAAGUCUUUUGCAUCUACACCUGGAAAUAUCAACGUUUAAUCGAGAAUCAUCAAUUUCGCAUCUCGCUGUCUGUACUACACCUACGUGUUCGAGUAUACACAUUCUUUACGUAUACCAACUUUAUGGAGAAGUCAUCAGCACCAGCACCAGCACCAGCACCAGCAACCCCCUCCCACCCACAAGCACCACCACCCAUCUACGAACAGCAAUCCACCAAAAUGGCAUCACCACCACAACCCAUCCCCAUGCACCCAGGCCCCCUGGGACCCCAAUCGGCCUACCACCAAGCCUUCCAAACCGCCACGCCGCUCAUGGCUUUGAACCGCGGUCCCGCGCCCGCGGAUUGCCCGGCGUGCGGAUGCAGGAGUAUGACAACUGUGCAGUUCGAGACGGGGAAUACGACGCACGUCUGGGCCCUAGCCCUCUGCAUCUUCACCUGCCUAGGCUGCAUCCCCUACUGCAUGAACUCCCUCAAGGACGUCGAGCAUCGCUGUGGAAACUGCGGCGUCUUGCUGGCGACGUGGCAUCGUGGUGGGGGUACGGAGGUGCAUUGUCAUGUUUAGGCAUGGGCAUGAGUACAAUGUACCCACUACGAAGUCGGCCUGGGAUAGAAUAUGUGUGUAGAAUAAUUCAUGAACUGUGGGCGGUAGUGGGAUGGGAUACCCUGG